AUGCGCUUGUCUCCCUCGGGAAGAGCUCUUUCUCGUGCUCAAGCAGCGUUGGGAAAGAGAGAAUGGCCUCCAAGAAUUUGGUUUGCCACUAUGGCCGCGGAGCAGAGAUCACAGGCUUCGAAACAAGGGAUGGACAAUAAAUGCCCAGUGGGGGAGAAAUCGGCAGCGGAGUAUGCUCGACUGCUGCUGGCUUGCGGCAACGCAGCGGAUUACAUCCAAGCAAAACGCAUCCACCAAGAACUCAAGCAGGUGAGGAAUGACUUGGAAGAGGAUUGCUACAUUGGAAACAUCCUCGUGACCAUGUAUGGCAAGUGCGGAAAGCCGAGGGAAUCCCAAGAGGCGUUUGACCGCAUCCUGGAGCCGAAUGUCAUAUCCUGGAGCUCUCUCAUUGCUGUGUAUGCUGGUCAAGAUACCAUGUUCCAAGAAUCCAUGAUGCUAUUCCAGAGAAUGCAACUCGAAGGAGUGCCUCCAAACAACGUCACCUUCGUCAAUCUCCUUAAGGCUUUCAACUCUCGUCACCACCUUGCACAGGGAAAGCUGCUACACACUUUGAUCUUGGACAGCGGCUACGAGUUGGACAGUUUCGUGGGAACAACACUGAUGAACAUGUAUGGCAAGUGUGGGAGCUUGCGAGAUGCACGGCUGGUGUUCGAGAGCACAGUGUGCCACGAGCGCUCUGCACCAUGGAGCGUUUUGAUGGCCGCCUACGUGAGCAAUGGUAGGAACAAGGAAGCAGUGACAACUUUCUACUCGAUGCACCUCGAGGGAGUGACGCCUGAUAAGAUCGCUUUAAUCAACGUUAUGACGGCCUGCUCUACCCCGGACUUGCUAGCAGACGCCAGCCGGAUUCACGCUUGUAUCUCCGAGCACGAGUGCCGGACGGACGCUCCCGUGGUGAAUGCGCUGCUCAACAUGUUUGGGAAAUGCGGGGGUGGUGUCGAAAAGGCCAGGGGGAUAUUCGAUUGCGCCGCAUACGUAAAGACGAGUGCUUCUUGGAACACCAUGAUCGGUCUUUACGUCGAGCUCGGUUUCAAAGAGGAAGCGAUGGUGCUGUUUCGGAAUAUGCUCCUCGAUGGUGCGUCAUCUCCAGACGAAGUUAGCUUUGCGAGGAUCUUCACGGCGUGCGACGUGCCAGUGACGCUGCAGGGCCUGGUGGAUUGCAUGACCGACGCCGGCAUCGCAGUGGACGUGGUCAUCCAGACCGUCCUUGUCAAGUUGUACGCAGAGUUUGGGGAGCUGGGGCGGGCGCGAGACGUGUUUGACACCAUGGUGCAUAGGGACAGUGUGUUGUGGAACGUUAUGAUCACCGCUCAUGCAAACCACGACGACUCUGGAGGUGCGUGGCUGCUGUUUUUGCAGAUGCUUCUCGACGGCCAGCAGCCGGACCGGUUCACCAUCGUCUCCGCACUGGAGUCGUACGCGGGGCUGGAUGAAAAGAAGAAAAUGCAGCUCGGGCAGCUUCUUGGCACUUGCACAGUAGAGGCUGGAGUGGCGACGGACACUCUGGUCCGUAACGCAUUCAUAAGCGUGCAUGGCAAGUGCGGAAUGCUAGUGGAGGCCGAGAGAGCCUUCGAAGGACUGGGAAGGGACGUGGUCUCGUGGAACACAAUGUUGGGAGCGUUUGCGGAGAGCGGCUACUGGGAGGAGGCAUUGCAUCUGCUGAGGAGAAUGCAGCUCCAAGGAGAGAAGCCAAACGGAAUCACUCUGAUGGCGGCUGCAGCAGCAGUGAGCUGCUGCAGCGGUGGUUGUCAGGUCGCGAUCACGCAGGAAGGCAAGAAGAUUCACGAGUGGAUUCGCGAACGCGGGCUGGGAUCCAGCACUCAAGUUAGCAACAGCCUGAUUCACAUGUACGCCAGGUGUUGGUGUCCACGCGACGCGGAGGUGGUGUUCUCGGGAAUGGAGAAGCGAGACGUGGUGUCAUGGACGGCGCUGCUGUCGGCCUACGACGAGACAAGCGACGAGGAGGACUGCCGUGAAAAGGCGGUGGCAUGCUUGCAGAGAAUGCGACUGGAAGGAGUGACUCCUAGCAAGGUGACGCUGAUCACGGCGCUCAGCAUUUUCGCAAAGCACGGCAACUUGUGCCAAGGCGGCAUCGUCCACCAGCACGUCCGCGAGCUCGGGCUGGAAGACGACGCAGAGGUGGCGAGCAGCUUGAUCGACAUGUAUGGGGAGUGCGGGAGGUGGGAGGACUCGAGGCGGGUGUUUGAGGUGACGGCCGAGAGAGACGUGGUUGUGUGGAACGCGCUCAUUUCCGCCUGUUCCAAGGACGUGACGAGACGUGAUGAUGAGGUGGUCAUGACGCUCUUGAGAGGCAUGCUGGUGGAAGGGUGCAAGCCGAGCAGGGUCACCCUGGCUGUUGUGCUCGACUCCUUGUCCGAGUCCACAGCACUCGAGCAAGGCCGAGCAGUUGACAGGCUAGUCCGGGAGCUGGGACUCGAGUCGGACACGGGCGUGGCCACCGGACUGGUGAGCCUCUACGCCAGGUGUGGGAAGCUGGCGGAGUCGAGCAGGCAUUUUGAGAGGAUUGCACGGCACAGAAGCUCGUCGGGGGCGUGGAACGUGUUCAUGGCGGCCUGUGCCCGGCAGGGAGUCACGGAGACAGUAAAGAGCUUGUUCCACAGGAUGCAGCAGCAGGGAGUGGAUCCGGCAAACUGUACGUUUGUGAGUUUGCUGAGCGCGUGUAGCCACUCGGGAGACUUGGAAGGCGCAUGGCAGGCGUUCCGGGACAUGGAGCGGGACUUUGGAGUGGCUCCCAGCAGCAUCGAAAAAGGCUGCAUUGUGGAUCUGCUGGGUCGGAGCGGACGCCUGGCGGAGGCGGAGGAGUUGGCGGCGGAGGUGAGCGGCGACGCGUGGUCGGCCCUGCUUGCGUCGUGCGCCUUGCACGGUGAUGUGGAGCGAGGAAGGGAAGCUGGGCAGCGAUUCCUGUCCGAGUCGUGCUCGCCUCCGGCCUCCACGUACGUGACGCUGUCCAACAGCAUCAAAGCGAGCUAG